CAAUGUAGCCCCACAAAUGAUCAUCACAUCAGCCAAAACCAGCUGUUAUUUUUUUCAAAGAAUGAAUUUCUCUUACUCACUAAAGCGUAACGUGAAAUGAAAAAAAAAAUCAAAAAAACGACAACCACAACAACUACUGUCUCGUGUUUGUUUGUGUAUGUAUGUCUCAUACAUAACAUUUCGGCCAUAAAACGCAAUCAUUUCAUCAAUCUUUCUUGUCGCAUUAAUUUAAGAAAGAUAGAUGUGAUUUUUAUUAUUAACGAUCCACAAGAUUUUGAUAUAAUUGUGUCUAUACAUUUGGUUGAUAACGUAUCCAUACGUUUGAAUGUUAUGAAGAAAAAUCGAUAUUCUCAAUCGGACUAUGAAAAAGUGACCAAAACUAGUCAUCAUGGGCCAUCAUUUGAAGAUUACUACCGGAACAAAUUUUCAGAUUUUUAUCAUGCUCCAUCAUCAGCAACAACAGCAAUCGUUGAUGAUCGACCAUCAGUAAUAACAGAAUUAUUAGUCGAUAAAAGAUUAAAAAAAUCAUCCAUGUCUUCUUCAACAAACAAUCGCAAGAUCAUGCGCCAUGAUAACAACGUCCAUAUUUCAUCACAACUACAAUUCGGCGGCAUUGGUGGUGGUGGUGGUGGUGGUGGUUGUAUGAUGCCAUUUCAAUGUCAUAAUAUCAAUGUAGAGCAACAACAACAUGAUCAACAGCAGCUAUAUCGAACUACCACGGUGACCGAUUGUCAUAAAGAUGAUGUUGAUGAUAUGUGUGAAGAUCAUUCCAUGAACAUGUUGAACAAACAUUCAGAUCAUAGAAAAUUAUCGCCUAACAUAGUAAAAGUUCGUUCAAAAAUUAUCACAUUAGCCAAUGAGAAUACCAACAAUGGUGAUGAGAAUAAAUGUUCUACGAUUACGAUGAAUAUCAAAUCAUCAUCAUCAUCACGACAACCACUUAAAAGUAACGGUGGUGGUGGUAGUUCUACGACCAGUGGAUGUUCCACACAAAGUUCAUCAUCAUCAAUAUCGAUGCCAUCAGCAUUACAAUUGUUUCGUAAUCAAUCAGCUGCCAAUAUGCUCAUAAAAAAUGAUGACCGUUUCCAUUUGCAAACCAAUAAUAGUUUAAUGGAUGUAAAAGAAGUAAAAGAUGAAAUGUCAUCACCUAAUUUAUCAUCAUGGGCAUCUAGGCGUCAUUGUUCGUUAACAUUAUCAUCAGGCACAUCAUUAUCGUCAUCAUCAUCGAUUUCGUCAAAACCAUCACCAUCGAUACGUACGUCUGGAACACAGUGGGAAAAUGUUGGUGAUUUUAUUGAAUCUUACGAACAUAGUUUGCUACAAUGUUUAUCCAGCAUUCAACAACAAUGGAUUCAUCAAAAUUCAAAUAUUUCAUCGACUAGUCGAAUAAUAGAUGACAACAACCAUAACAAAAAUGAUUGUGAUGAUGAUGAUCACAGUGCCAACGAUAGUCAUGAUGUUAAUGACAAACAACAACAUUUUCAUUCAACAUCAUCAAAUAAUGGACAUAAUAGUUAUGAAAAUGGUGAUUGCAUCAAACAUACUAACCAAACGCUGCAACAAUCAUCCAACCAAAACCAUGUAAAUAUGAGAUCAUGGACAUCGUCACCUAAUCAAGAGGACAACAACAACAGAAAACAUUCUUGUUAUAAUGUAAAUGAACCAAACAUGCCUGAAAAAAAUUUCACUACCGAUUCCGAUUCCUCAUCCACACACCAAUUACAAUUACGUGAUUGGAUUCGAAUACAAUUGGCCAAAGUUGCCCAUCUUCGCCAACAAUACGAACAUGGCAAUCGAUGUCAAGAAGCAUUGGUUAAAAUGGCCAAAUUAUCUACCAACAGUAGUAAUCGUUGUCGAAAAAAUUGCUAUCGUGAAUGGCGUUCAAAUGAACGAAUGUUACAAUCAUUGGCCGCCAAAUUACAAUUAAUGAUUGGUUCGUUUGAGAUUCGCGUAGAAAACAUUGAAGGUUGGGCUCGUAUUUGUCCGCGGGAUUAUUAUGAAUUGGAAUUUCGCCAUGGACAACAUAGGCAAAUUUUGCGGGUUAAAAUUGUUGGUCGUCAAUUGCAAAGGAUAUGGGACUUUGACAUCAACACUGUCCGAUUUCAGGCUUCUCUUCAAUCGCAUAUUACUUGCAGAAUAAGAGAAAUGAAGUCUGGCCUAUGGAGAUCGCUAGCAGUUUGGCCAGCCAGAUAUCGUUAUGUCGACAUUGGUACAACUUCGAUUUCUCUAGCCGAACUAUUACAAUCAGUUGCCAAACAAUGUCCCUUGUUGGUUGAUUGUAACCCAAGCGGAUCGCUCAAAUUACGACUGAAUUGUCAAUGGAAUCCGAAUUGUCAGGAUGAUAUUAACAUUGAAAUGGACAAGAAAGAAUCUACCAUACGUAGGUCGAGCCGUCGAUUGCUAUCUUCACCAUUAGUUCAGUCAACUGGCCGUUUGAUUCGUCGUGGUUCAUGGAUGACGCAUUCCGAAAAAUCAUCGUCGAUGAUGAAACGAAAAUGUAGUGAUCAAUUAGAACAACAGCAGCAACAAAGGGGGUCAUUCGGUAUUAAUAAAAAUAUUGCACGAUCAUUAUUAUCAUUACCUACAUUCAUUUCUUCAUCAGAUUUAAGUGAUGCCUCGGGCACACAUACACUCCCUUUUCGGAUUAAAGCUAUUGAAUCUAAUCAUCAUAAUGAUGGCGUCGAUGAUGAUGAUGAGAACAAUGAAUGCAUUUCAAGUUCAGAUUCAUGGCCUCAUUAUUCUUUAAGACCUUGCUCUCAAACAUCAUUUUCUCCAUCUUCGUCUCAGAUUGAAACGAAGAAUCAAUUGGAAUCAAUGGUAAUGAUGCUAAAAACAUUGCAAGCCUCAUUACAAGAUCAUUAUGGUCAAUCGAUUGAGAUAACUCUCAUGUCACAAACGGUGACACGAUUGAUUACCUUGUAUGAACGAUUGAUGACAAAACUAACAAAAUCUCAACCACACAAUCAAGAUGAGAUUUCUGACGAUGAACAUUCAAAUAAUUUAAGCUCUGAUAAUGACAACGAAUGUCUCUCUCAUGAUCAGCAUCAGACUAACGAGUUUAUUGAACAAGCUUUCGAAUUUCUCGAUCAUUCUGACACGAAUGACCAUGAUAACUAUAGAAGCAAAACCCGUAUUCUCGCUUCAUUUGAUUCGAAUGAAUACGAACGAAUGAAUCGACCGCAUUUGGAAUCAUCGCCAUACUUGUCAAAAGAUCAAGUUGAUAUCAAUGAACUAAUAUUCCAGUGGAAUCGAUUACUUGCCAUCCACCUUGAAUCGGCCACCGAACAACUUAAUUAUGUUGGCACAUGGAUUCUAAAAUCGAGAGAACAAUGUGCACUUUUUCGUUUACAGGCUGACACAUUUGCCAUGGAACAAAUUUAUUUAAUUUUAUCGUCUAUUUUUAAAUAUUAUGAUCAGAAUCGAAAUUUCCAUUUUCUUAAAAAUCAACCAUUCGGUCAAGAUGACCGAGUUUUGGAAUUAGUCCGACAUUUAUGUCCAUCAAAUCAUGAUUAUUCUUUGAUCUUUUCAUUUGAUCAAUUCUUUCAUAUUCUAUCAUCGAUGAUGCACAAUUACAUUUUGAUAAAAGAAUCGAGCAUCAAUGAUUGUGAAGAAAUAGAUACUUUGUUUCAACACUCAGCUCAAUGGUUGGCAUUAUCGAUACUAUCUUGUGGAAGCAAUUGUUUCAUCUCAUUUAGCAGUCAAAAACAGUUAUCGAGCACAGAUAUGGUUACCAUAUUUCAUGUGCGUGCUUUUUUUGAAUUAAAUCUAUUUGAUCGUCAUAAUUACCAUUGUUUUUCAAAAAUUGAUGGAUCAAUGAAACAAACCCGAAUACAACCAAUGCAAUUGGCUGAUUUUUUUCACACAGCUUUUGAUCUGAAUUAUUUGAUGGCUAAAAUACGUACGAUAAAAUGGCCUCUGUUGAAUGUAGAAAAGAUUUUAUUCGGAAAGUUUGAUCCACAAUGUGGAUGGUUGCCACCUGAUUUAACAUUACUUUUGUUCAAUCUACUAUAUGAACAUCAUUAUAUGCAUGAAUCUACAAUUCGUAAAAAUUGUCAUUCACGCAUCAAUUAUGAAUAUUCACCAUCUAAUUCAGCACGAUCUCUUGGUGAAGUGAAAAAAUCGGACCGUUUACGAGAAUUAUCUCGUUUAAUCAAUCAAUGGUUAAUGUAUCAAUGGCAGCAAUCACGGUUUGAGAUUCGUGAACAUAUCCUUGCUGGCUUAGAAUCCUCAUGUCCAUCAACUCGCCAAGCAUCUUGUUAUGGUAUAAUGCAUCUAUUUUGUCUCAUGCAACGUAUCCAAUCUCCUAAUGAACCAUCAUUUAUGGCGAUGAAAGUUUUUUGUGGUAAAGAGAUGGAUUGUCUUCUUUAUCUCUCAGUGGAAGAUCCCGAUAAUCGAGUACGUGAUGAAGCUCAAAAUUCACUUCAAUACUUAAGUUCAUCAUUGGGUCAACAAAUGGAAAGUCGCCAAAUGUCUUUUAUUUUACCCCGAAGCUACUCUAAUAGAGCAGCUAAAAUCAGAAAUUGUCCAACAUCAUCACCAAAAUUACGGAAUUCAUCGCCACAAUCAAUUACAAUGUUCCGAAAUGGUCAUAGUUGGGUUUCUGAUCAUUCAAAGAAUGCUAUGCCUAUUACAGUAUCAAAUCCAAUUCUACGAACUAGUAUGCCCAAUUUAUCCAGUCUUGCCAAUGAUAUGGAAUCAAUCCGAUUGAAAUAACAUAAUUUUUCAUGCCAUAUUUUUAGAUGUAAAUGAUGAUCGAUUUUAUGAUUGAUUGUUAAAUUUUUUUGGCAUAUAGCUGUUGCCAUUCUUCCAUUUUAUUGUUAUAACUUAUCAUAGAUAAUGUCAAACAAUGAUUUUUUUUUUCAUAAAAUAAAAAUUGUUCUUUAUUGUA